AUGGAUUCACAAAACAGCUGGAGUACUCCUCCAUUGUGUGCUAAAGGUUGCGGUUUCUUUGGCUCUUCAGAGAACAAAAAUAUGUGUUCAAAGUGUUACAAAGAUUAUCUCAAAGAAGAGGUAACUGUUAAUACUGCCGAGAAAAUCUCAGAACUUGUCACCAGUACCCCAUCAGUUGAUGAUAAGAGCCCAGCUGAUGAUGAUAAGAGCCGAGCUGAAACAACUUCAACAAGUAAUGCUACUGCUUCGAGCUCGACUAGGAAGAGUACUAGAUGUGAAGGCUGCAACAAGAAAGUUGGCUUGACAGGGUUCAAGUGCCGGUGCGGGAAGACAUUCUGCGGGAAGCAUAGAUAUGCUGAAGAGCACUCGUGCACAUUUGAUUUCAAGACUCUUGAUCGACAAAAUCUGGCUAAGCAAAACCCACUUGUUGCUGGUGCCAAAACGAGUGAUACCCACAACUUGGAUGAGUGA